GUGGCCGGGCCUCACCUGCCGGCAGGCCCGGGAGCCACCCGCCCCCAAGGCCCGUCUCCCGGGCGGGCGGGGCGGGAAAGUGGAGAGGCGAGGUGCGGGGGUCCGCGCGGAGGCCUGGAGCGCGGCCAGGUGAUGGUGGGCCCCUGCUGCUCCGGAGGAAAGGGGACCCGCAGAGCAGCCGUGCCCCGGUGCUGCCCCAGGCUGGCUUUUUGACAUCAGCCCCAGGGAAGUGGGCCAGCUCUGAGUUCGCCUGGUGCCCCUUAAGUGCCCUUAGGAUGAAGUGAUCAAAGCAUUAGGCUCUCCCCUGGCGAGGGGCACUGCCAGCGUUUGGGAACUCGGAGCAGAGAAAAAGGGCAGAAUGAUGCUGUCAGAGCAAGCCCAAAAGUGGUUUCCAACCCACGUGCAGGUCACAGUGCUCCAAGCCAAAGAUCUUAAGCCCAAAGGCAAAAGUGGCACCAAUGACACAUACACUAUCAUUCAGCUGGGCAAGGAAAAGUACUCCACCUCUGUAGCUGAGAAAACCCUUGAGCCAGUCUGGAAGGAAGAGGCGUCUUUUGAGCUACCUGGAUUGCUAAUGCAGGGGAAUCCAGAGAAAUACAUCCUUUUCCUCAUAGUUAUGCACAGGUCGCUGGUGGGUCUGGAUAAAUUUUUAGGACAGGUGGCAAUCAAUCUCAGUGACAUCUUUGAGGACAAACAAAGGAGGAAAACAGAGUGGUUUAGAUUAGAAUCCAAACAAGGAAAAAGAGCCAAAAACAGGGGUGAGAUAAAGGUCAAUAUUCAAUUUAUGAGAAACAAUAUGACAGCAAGUAUGUUUGACUUAUCAAUGAAGGACAAAACAAGAUCUCCAUUUGCAAAAUUAAAAGAUAAGAUGAAAGGUAGAAAAAAUGAUGGGACAUUUUCUGAUACAUCUUCUGCAAUCAUUCCGAGUACUCACAUGCCUGAUGCUAAUACCGAAUUUCCAAGUGGUGAAAUCCAGAUGAAAUCCAAACCAAAAAAGCCUUUUCUUUUGGGUCCUCAGAGACUUUCUUCAGCACAUUCAAUGUCUGAUUUAACUGGGUCCCACAUAUCUUCUGAGAAACUGAAGUCUGGCACCAUUGGUCAAACACAUCUUCUUGGGCGCCAGAUAGAUUCCUUUGGAGCAGUUCCAGAAAGUGGAAGUCUCAAAUCUCCACACAGAAGAACGUUAAGCUUUGAUACUUCUAAAACGAACCAACAUGACAACAGUGUGGAUGAAGGUGAAUCGUCCUUUGGAAGACAAAAUGACCAAUUGACAAAUGUGACUGCUUCAUUACCGCAAAAAUUUGCAACACUGCCAAGGAAGAAAAACCCAUUCGAAGAAAGCAGUGAAUCAUGGGACAGCAGCGUGAAUUUAUUUUCAAAAUCAAUUGAAGUAAGAAAAGAAAAUAAAAGAGAGAAAAGGGAGAAAGUUAGCCUGUUUGAAAGAGUAACUGGAAAAAAAGAUAGCAGAAGAUCUGAUAAACUUAACAAUGGGGGAUCAGAUAGCCCUUGUGACUUGAAAUCACCUAAUGCAUUUAGUGAAAAUCGUCAGGACUAUUUUGAUUAUGAGUCAACUAAUCCAUUUACAGCAAAAUUCAGGGCUUCAAAUAUAAUGCCAUCUUCAAGUUUUCAUAUGAAUCCGACAAGCAAUGAAGACCUCAGGAAAAUACUGGACAGCAACCCUUUUGAUGCCACUGCAGGGUAUCGGAGUCUGACCUACGAGGAGGUACUCCAGGAGCUAGUGAAACACAAAGAGCUGCUGAGGAGGAAAGACAGCCACAUCCGGGAGCUCGAGGACUACAUCGACAACCUCCUCGUGAGGGUCAUGGAGGAGACGCCCAGUAUUCUCAGAGUGCCGUAUGAACCGUCCAGGAAAGCUGGCAAAUUCUCCAAUAGUUAAUAAGCCAAUUGCACUGCUUUUAUAAUUAAAACAUAAAUAAAAGAGAAUGAAAAGAGAGGAAAGAAAGAAAAAGAGAGAAGAGAAAGAAAAACUUGUCAGUGAAAGAGAUUAUACGACCAGGUCUCAUUACAUAUUCUUCUGUUUGAUUUAGAAAAAUUGUUUUACCUUGUAAAUAUUAGCAGGGACUAUCAAAAGAGUGACCUUUGAAGUGAGUUAAAUAGUUUAAACAUUUAAAGUAAAAACGGGCCAGAUUCUCGAUGAAUAAGCAGUUCCUUAGGGUUCACUUAGGUGCUGGUGGCGGCCCACGAGUCUACCAGAGGCCUAGAAGUAUCUUCAGUAGUACAUGACUUAUUCCUCAGGAACAGAUUUCUCACAGCAGAAUUGAUAAUGUAGUUGGUUUCUCAGAAGUCAAUCUGUAGACAUAUUUAGCUGCAGGAAUACUGCUCAUUAUAAACACUACUAAAAAAACUUCAUAUUUUAUAUACAUAUAUAUGUACGUGAAUAUGUGUCCAUGUGUCUUUGUAUAUAAAAUACAUGCAUAUACCUCAUAUAUAAUGUGUUUUUAGAACAUUAGCAAAGACUGGUUGCCUCUAAGAUUGGGAUAUUACUUACAAUUUGAAAACGUAUGUGUGAUCUGUUGGUGCAGAACAAAUCAUUGUUACUAGUAUUAGGAUUUGUUACGCAGAAGCUGCUUCAAAUCACUCUUGACUACAUGAAGCUUGGUUUCAGAGCAAGCUGCUAUAUAUUAUUCCAGCUUCAAAUUUUUGCUGUUCUACUGGAAGUAGUGACCCAUAAUCCUUUCUUAAAGAAUGGCAUAUUUUGGGAAGCAUCAUUAACUUCACAACAGCAUGAAUUUCUUUGAAUUAAUUUUUGUAUCCUAAUGACUUGGGUUUUACUUAAACUAUAAGCAAAAGAUAAGUUAAUGUAAUUUGCUUUGUAGAGGUUCUGCAUGCCACCAUUAAAUCACUAGCAAAGAAAAUAUUAGCGAAUUAUAUCUGAAGACAAUUUUGGGGGAAAAAUGUAGGUAAUCAUCUGAUGCCUGAUAACCCAAAGCAAUGGGCAAAUUCUAGGAAUGAAGAAUUAGGCUUGGUUUCAAGUUACAUGAAUAAUAGAGCAGAUGGUUGCCUUUGGGUCUUCAACCAAAAUAAGAGUUUGUGAAGGAGGAGUGAGUUUUCAGAGCAGAUCUUUACUAGCAUGACGUUGAACCUUACUCUACAUCCCCUUUAAUAAUUGAUUUAUCACAAAAUGAUGUCUUUUUUUUAAAUCCACCCCUCCCAAAAUGUUGAUUACCUCUGUGAAGUAUCUAUAUAAUAUUUGUACAAAAGUAAUCUGAAAUUUAAAGUGAAAAACAAUGGUAUAAAAACGUUACUUAUCAUCUAGUGCUAAUUUUUCAACCUUAAAAAUCUAAAAUACUUACCAUGAAACACUGAAUUUAAAAUGAAAAUUUUAUCUACAUAUGGAGACCUCUAUAACCCCCCAAUCUUUUAACAAACCGUAUUUUUUCUAAUGUUUAUCCCUAUUAAACUUUAUUGAAAAUAAAAUUAAAGGCAGAUAUAAUAGUUUUGCUCAUUUUGGUAUUUUGAAUCAGAUAAUACUGGGCCAAGCUUAUAUACAUAAGCUAAAAGCGCUUGUUACUUUUAUUUUCUGAGUUUCUUUAUAUUUCCUGUGAGUUCAUAAUUUUGAAAUUCUGAAAAAUUUUCCCAAAUAGAAAUAAUUAAAUAAUUUUCUAAAAUCAGGAAAUGGGGAAAGAAAAAUAACUUUUGCCAGUUUUUCCCUCUACUUACAAUUAAAGUUCUGUAAUUAAUCUUAAAAUCUAGUGUAGAAUUUUAUUUUCUCAUUAGAGGUUUUGGUAGUUACUGUUUUUUUAACAUGGUGCCAUUUUUAAUUAACACUUAUUAAAUAUUACAAAAUUCUUAGCAUUUGGUUUUUCUGUAAGUAAAAUUGAGGCUUGUAUACUUUUUUUAAAUACCAAAAUUCACGUAUUCUCAGUAUUACAUCAGAUACCUGCAGGUAUUUUAAUAUGAUUUGGCCAAACUUGCUCUUUAUAGAAUGAACCAAGAUGUCAGUUUUGUAUUUGGGGGUUGUUUUAUGUAAAUAGAGCUCAUUAAAAAGUAUGGUUCAAGUACUGCUAUUCUUUUUAUGAGGAAGUUCAUUUUGCAAGAGCAAUUCUUUGCCUACAUAAAAAACCAUUAAGGAUUAAACUUAUUCAUAAGGAGUGAUUUGGCUAUAACUGAAUCAACAUUUUUAUCUUUAAAUCUGAGACAAGUAUUGUACUGAAAACUGAAUCUACAUUUAUCACUGCCUGAAAAUUUUCCGUUCCGAUGUUUAUGAAUUUUCACUCAUGACCUAGAGUAAAACUUAUUAGAUAUUUUCAUAAUCAGUCAACAUAAUAAACUAAAAACAAAAAGUUAAAAUGAAAUCCCAAGGAAACCUAUCAGUGUUUCCUGUGUUUGGGUAGAGGUACAAACAGAGCAGUUUUAAUUUCUAGUGCUGUAAAAAAAUGGCCAUAAAGAUCACUUUAGUUUAUUUUUCCAAAAUGUAACUUUGAGUAUUCUAAUGACAUAUUUUGUUAGUAGCUUAGAAAUGGAAAUAAAACAUAUGUAUCAUUAAAUAAUGCACAGCACAGGAGACUUAUAAAUGUUCUUUGGUCUUUAUGUUUAAAAUAAUGCAUGCUCAAAAACAUUUCACCCAGAGGAUUUUUUAAAAUCCCAAAAUUGAUAUUUAUUUAAACCUAUCUUAAGCUUUUCUGUUACAUAUUUAUAAUAUUCCUGCUAUUAAGAACAGUAUUGUUUUAUGACCAGCUCCCCUCCCAGAUCUAAAAUUCAGCUUUGAAAGUAUUGAACGUACUGUUCUUGCACUUAGGCUUCAAGCAUCAUGUAUUGAGUACCAGGACCGUAUCUUAGAGUUGUAUGUAUCAUAAUGUAUAGUCCAUUCAUGAAAAAUGUUUAAGUAUUGCUUUUUGCUGCUGUAUUCUGCACUGAGCCUAGUUUUGCCAUCUCCAGUGAAUGUAGUAUUAUCCAUAGAUUAUACAUAACUACAUCUAUUGCUUUUGGCAGUAAAUCAAGAUUUAGUUGUAAUUCUCCAGCUGUGAAAAUGUUGCCUUGUGUUUAAAAGGGUUUCAUGAAUGGAAACCUAAAACUAAGCUCAUUAGUGACAGACUGGCUUUCUUCACAUCCUUCCUUCACUGCCCCCACGCCCCCCUUCCUACCACCCCCAUAAGGGUGCUUAUUCUUUAA